UCAUAACACAACAAAGCUUGAAAUAGCCAUUAUCAACUUAGAAAAAUGAAUUUCAUUAGCUAUUCUCGAUUUCUAAUAGUUUUUGUAGCCCUUGUAGGAGCUCUCGUUCUUCCCUCAAAAGCUCAAGACAGCCCACAAGACUAUCUAAGGGUUCACAACCAGGCACGAGGAGCGGUAGGCGUAGGUCCCAUGCAGUGGGACGAGAGGGUUGCAGCCUACGCUCGGAGCUACGCAGAACAACUAAGAGGCAACUGCAGACUCGUACACUCGGGUGGGCCUUACGGGGAGAACUUGGCCGGUAGUAGCGGAGACUUGUCUGGCGUCUCGGCCGUGAACUUGUGGGUUAACGAGAAGGCUAACUACAACUACGCUUCAAACACAUGCAACGGAGUUUGUGGUCACUACACUCAAGUUGUUUGGAGAAAUUCAGUGAGACUCGGAUGUGCUAAAGUGAGGUGUAACAAUGGUGGAACCAUCAUCAGUUGCAACUAUGAUCCUGCUGGGAAUUAUGUUAACCAGAAGCCUUACUAAUGAUGUGAUCAUGCCUACGUACACACGUACAUAAAGGACGUGUAUAUGUAUUUCAAUAAGGAGCAUCAUAUGCAAGAUGUGUAUCAAUAUUUAUUAAAUUAUACAAAUAAGAGUAAUGAUUUAUCAUUAUCAGUGUUUCUACAAUGAUUACGAUUGUCUCAAGGUCGUUUUUAGUAAACAUGUCAGGAUGGC